GUGAGGGAGCAGCAUCGCGACCGCCUGCUGCCGUCCACGUCAGCAGAGGCGCUGAGAGUGCGCCACGUGGCGACCAAGAUCAUCCAGGCCACCACGGAGCACGUUGACCCGGGCAAGCCCCCCCAGGUGGAGUACUGCCCGCUCUCCCCCUCCUCCACCGCCCCCGCACACCGCCCCAUCUCCACCCCCUCGCCCUCCGCCUCUGAUGCUGUGGCCGGGGGAAAGCAGGGCGGGGGAGGGGAGGGAAUGGGGGGCGCAGCAGGGGAUGGGGAUGCGGGAGGAGGGCAAGGGGAUGCGCUGCUGGAGGACAGCGAGUGGCUGGACAGGCAGCAGCGGCAAGCACAGGCAGUAUGGGGCGAGGGGCGGCCGUUUGAGGAGCACUUGAAGGGGCUCACAUGGCAGGUGGCGGUGGUGGAUGCGCCGGUGCUGAACGCCUUCUGCCUGCCCAGCGGCAAGGUGGUGGUGUUCUCGGGGCUGCUCAAGCGCUGCCCCGAUGACAGCCAGCUCGCCACCGUCAUUGGCCAUGAGGUGGCGCACAUAGUGGCGCGGCACGGGGCGGAGCGCAUGAGCAGUGCGAUGCUGGUGGCGGUGGUGCAGAUGAUCAUCGUCAACUUCCUGCUCAGCUGGCCGGCCUUCAUCCGCACCGCAUCCGACCUCCUCAUCUCCCUGCCCUUCUCCCGCAUGCACGAGUUGGAGGCGGACCGCAUAGGGCUCAUGCUCAUGGCCAAGGCCGGAUACAACCCCGAUGCUGCUCCGGGUGUGUAUGAGAUGCUGGACCAUGCGAGCAGUGGUGGCAAGGCGCAGCGACCAGCACCCGCACCAGAGGGGGCGGACAAGGCAGGGUGGGGCGACUUCAUGUCCACGCACCCUGCAGGCACGCGCAGAGCAGCGCUGCUACGCAGCAGUGCGAGCGUGCAGGAGGCGAGACGAGUGUACCGAGAGACAGUCGAGAGGGAGGCGGGGGGGCGAGGUAGGAUGUGGGGUGGGGGGGACUCAUGGUUUGGCUUCUGA